AUGUCCGAGGCGUCGAUGCUCAUACCAACGUUGAGCAAGGCUGUCGUUGCCGCCCGCCUCAAACAGCUGUGGAUGGACAACACCCUCCUCCACACGAGCGACCGCAUGACGGACUGGCAGGCGAGGUUCAUGGACAUCGUCACGGAUGAGGCAGCCGAGGACAUCGAUUUCUUCGAUCCCCAGGCCGUCAUACAGGCGCUCAUGCAUGAUAUCAAGCCCGACGGCGCGAAGGCGCUGGUGCGAAACAGCUACGACUUCGAUGACAAGGAGAUCAAGUUCAACAGCCCCAAGUUCUGGAGCCAUGUGCGCGGUGUGCUGAGCAACGAACGUGCCGUAGCAGUCCCAGCUCCGACAACAGUGUUGGCCGCCGAGGUCAAACGACUUCAAGACAACGCCACACUGACAGCGGCUAAAGUCAAACGUUUGACGCCUGAAGCCACAACCCGCCCCGCUUGUGGAGAUGGUGGCAGCGAUAGUUGCGGUAGCAUUCUUCGACCACCCGCCCCACUCGUGGGUCGGGCCAAAGCGAGCCGCGGGAACGGCAACGUCGCCAAGCUCAAGACGGUGCUCGCUAUCUCGCAUCCAGAGGUCGUGUAA